AUGAACACCACGCCACAAGCCCAACCGACCACGCUUUUGGAGCGCUUGAAGCAGUCGUCGCACCCCAUCGCCUUGCUCUUUUUCCUUGGGUUCCGUCUUGGGUCCUUAACCAUGUACUUGCUAGGGGUCUUUUUGACGGGCAAUUUUAUUCUCGAGUUCAUCGUGGUGAUCCUCCUUCUUGCCGCAGACUUCUGGAACGUAAAGAAUGUGCUGGGUAGACUCUUGGUGGGGUUGAGAUGGUGGAAUGAGACGUCAGAGGAAGGUGAUACCGUGUGGGUUUUUGAAACUGCCGAUCCGGACAGAUACAUCAAUCCAAUUGACUCCAACGUGUUCUGGACCAUGAUGUAUGUAUCACCGGUUUUGUGGAUCGUUUUUGCCAUCAUUGCCAUCUUGAAGUUUGAGUUCUUAUCCUUGAUUUUGGUGGGGAUUGCCGUAAUUUUGAAUAUCACAAACACACUUGCGUUCACCAAGUGUGACAAGUUUGGCAAGGCCAACAAUCUCACGUCCAGCAUAUUGGGAAGUGCGUUCAGCAGAAUGAACCCUUUUGCAGCCUUUUUCUGA